AUGUUCGUCGCGGGGUACCGCGCGGGCGGGUACAUCUGGGAGAGCUUGUACGCGGACAAGCCGCCGAAGAUUGAGAGGUACUGGGCGCAGUACACGCCGUACGAGCCCGCUGGGGCGUACGUCCCGCCCGCGAAGCACUGUAGGGUGACGCAGGUGCGCCUUCUGCAACGCCACGGCGCGCGCUACCCCUCGUCGGACGACCCCGUCGAGAUGGAGGAGGCGAUAUUCAAGCUGCAGCAGGCGGACGAGUACCGCGACAAGAAUCUGCGAUUUAUCCGGAACCACUCGUACUUCCUGGGCCAGGACGACCUCGUCCCGCUCGGCGCGGAGCAGUCGUUCCAGUCGGGCGUGAUCACGUUCGAGCGGUACAAGGACCUCGUGAAUAAAGAUGAUAUCCCGUUCGUGCGCGCGUCGGGGCAGGGGCGCGUCGUCGACUCGGCGCGGAACUGGACGGCGGGGUUUGCGACGGCGAGCCACUUCGAGUACGAGCCGCACAUCUCCGUGGUCAUCUCCGAGGAGAACAACACCCUGCAGAUCAACCAAUGCCCCGCGGCGCCCUCGCACCACCCGUACACCGAGCGCUGGGAGCACAUCUUCACGCCGCCGAUCAAGAAGCGGCUGAACAAGGCCGCGCCGGGGGCGAACCUGACCGACAGCAACGUGAUCAGCCUGAUGGCUCUGUGCCCGCUCGAGAGCGUCGCGCUGAGCGCGGCGGAGUGGGAGGAGAGCCGGUUUUGUAAGCUGUUUGACGAGAAGGAGUGGAGGGCGUUUGAGUGGCAUGAGGAUGUGAAGAAGUAUUAUAAGACUGGGUACGGCAACCCGCUGGGCCCGGUGCAGGGUGUGGGGUACGUCAACGAGCUGCUCGCGCGGCUGACGAACCAGCCCGUGCGCGACAGCACGAACACGAACCGCACGCUGGACGCGGCGCCCGCGACCUUCCCGCUCAACCGCACGAUCUACGCGGACUUUACGCACGAGAACGAGAUGGUCGCGGUCUUUGGCGCGCUCGGGCUGUUUGAGCAGCCGGGGGACUUGGACCCGACGAGGAUCGGGGGGAAGCAUCGGACGUGGAAUGCGAGGAGGAUGGUGCCGUUCUCGGCGCGGAUGGUGGUGGAGAAGGUGGUGUGCGAGGAGGGGGAGGGGGAGGGGCAGGAGUAUGUGAGGGUGUUUGUGAAUGAUGAGAUGCAGCCGUUGGCGUUUUGUGGGGAGGGGGAUGGGCGGUGUACGCUUGGGGAUUUCGUGCAGAGCCAGGGGUAUGCGCGGGAGAGCGGACGGGGGGAUUGGGAGAAGUGUUUUGAAUCUGAUUGA